AUGGCGCAAUGGAAAAAGCUUAAGACAGUUCUCCAAUUUUCCUCCGCGAAAAAGAAGCCAAAAAAAAAUCAGCCAGAAAGUGGUGCUAGAAUUUACAUAUCUGGGAUUUUUGACAUGAUUACCUUAGACCAUUUGGAGCAAUUUAAAACCUGCAAGAAAUUUGUUGAAAAUGCCUAUUUGAUCGUUGGAGUGAUUGGUGACACAAAUUUACCUACUCCAUGUAUAAUGAAUGAACAAGAGCGUAGCAGCUCAAUAAAGCAAGUCAAAUGAGUUGACGAAGUUAUAUGCCCAUGCCCUGAUGUAUUAAAUCUUCAAGUUUUGCAAGAAUUAAAGAUCGAUUAUGUGGCUGCAGAUGAAAAAGAAUUAUCAGACCCUAAAUAUGAAGCACUAAAUAAUUCAGGGAAAUUAAUAAAAAUCACAACGAUUCCGCUUUUGCCAUCUAAUGAAAUUAUUGCAAGAAUUGUGGAAAAUAGAGAUGAGCUGGUAAAGGCAUUUCUUGAUAAAGGAUUUUCUAGGCAUGAACUGGGAGUCGGGCUUGUUGAUGAAUACACUAUUAAAUCAAAAUACAAAAUAAAGGCUCUCCAGCACAAAUUCGAAAGAUUUUUGAGUGCCGUUUCAAUUGAAGUUGACCAGAUCAAAAAGGCACAUUACAAGAAAAAACUAGGACUGCUUUUAAAAAGAAAAAGCAAAGAAUUCACCCAGAAAUUUGUGGAUGCAUUUGAAGAAACAUCAGAAAAUUUUGAAGCAGUUCUAAGAAAAUUUUUCGAAUUCAAAACCGAAAAUUAA